AUGAAAGCCCUUGAAAAGAUUGCAAAAGCAACCAAGAAAUCUGGACCAUUUCAUUGUUGUUUUGUAUUAGGAAAUGAAAAAUAUCAUGACGAGCUUGCCGAUUAUGAACAGGACAAACUCCCUCCCGUCUUUGCAUUCAAUUCUAGCUUUUCAUUGAGUCCAGAACAUAGUGGAUCUGAAACGAUAAAUGACAAAAUCCAAUACCUAAACGGUUGUGGGAUUUACCAGACAACUGGCGGUUUAACUAUUGCAUAUGUUACAUAUAUGUCCAAUGAAUUAUCUCAAUAUAAGAACGCAAUUUUGCAGAAAUUUCGUAAAAUUGAGGAAGGCAUAGUCGUUGAUAUUCUAGUAACCAACGAAUGGAGUGAAGCUAUUUCGCAUGAACAAUGUGAUACAUUAGGUAGCCCAGUUAUUGACGAGAUUGUAAAAUUAUUAGAACCAAGAUAUCAUUUCAGUUCUAGUAAGAAAGGAAAAUUUGUUGAGCUGAAUCCUUUCCAGUGGGCAGAUUCUGGAUAUACCAGUAGGUUCAUUAACCUGUCUGAACUCGGUUCAAAUGAAAAGUGGGCAUAUGCGUUUCAAGUCUGCCCAUCUACUCUGCAAGAAAGUGAAAACCUGCCAAGUAAUCUAGCUUCAAAUCCAUACCUUCCAUCAAAUAAAAAAAGACAUUUUGAUGAGGGAGAAACAUUGCCUGCUAAAUCUUCAGUUGAUACCAAUGGGACCAAAAAAAUGAAAACAGUUCUACCGGAAAAUUGUCAUUUUUGCUUUUCCAAUCAGAGCUUACAGGAUCACAUGAUUAUCACAAUAGAUGAGAAAGUGUACGUCACCAUCGCAAGAGGCCCACUUACAAUUCCCUCGGGUGAAAUGUAUUUUUCAGGGCACUGUUUGAUAAUACCUAUUAAACACGUUCCCAAAAUGAUUACUGGGGAAGAAUCUCAUGAUAUAGAAUCAGAACUCUUUACCGAUAUGCUUCAAUGUCAGGAAAGUAUCGUGCGUAUGAACUACGUAAACUUCGAUAUGUCGACCAUAGUGUUCGAAAUUAAUUCUGAGCGCUCAAUACAUUUUCACAAACAAGUAUUACCGAUUCCCAAACAUCACAUUUUGAGAUUUCAAAAUGCGCUCAAAAAACAAGCCGACUUCAAUAACGAGAAAUUGGAUAGAAAUGCAAAACUUGAAUUUCGGCAGUUCGUAUCCCCUUCAGAUUCAGAAUAUACAGCAGUUGUUCAUGAUCCAAAGUCUAAUUAUAUGCAAUUCACAGUCUACGAAACCUCCACAAGUCCUCCCAUAAUACAUCUUGCCACGUUUGAUUCUGAAUCUAGAAUCGACCUUCAGUUUGGCAGAAGGGUGGUGGCGUACCUGUUACACUUGACAAAGCGUAUCAAAUGGGAUUCCCCAGCUUGCUUACAGAGCAUUGAGCAAGAAACAAAAGAGGCAGAACUCUUUCAAAAAGCUUAUAAGGAUUUUGAAGUUAGACACGAUCUAUAG